AUGUUUGCAAGGGUAAUAAUUGCGGUCAGCGUGCUUCAAGUCAUCGCUUGUGCCUGUCCAGAGUGUGUGAAGUACAACAAUCCGUACCCAGUCCACUUCAAAGGCACUGAGAAGUUUUACGAAUGCUCGUGCGUCCAAGAUCUGUCUGGCUGCCCCACUGACAAAUUUCUAUGCCCUGCAGGCCAGAUGUGCACAAUCAAGCCCAUUCCAACUUGCACGUUCACUCCCUGCGGACUCAAAUCUGCCGUCUGUGAACCAUUCACUUCCUGUCCGGCGGUCACGUGCGCUGACAAAUGUUCGGUGAGUGGCUACAUCAGGGACCCCAACAACUGCCAGACCUGCUCCUGCGUUGACCCAUGCAAAGAAACAACGUGUCCGGUCGACAAGAAAUGCAUCAAGACCAACAUGAUAGGGACCGGCUUCAUUGGCAUGUGCUACUGA